AAAAGCGAAAAUACGACAAAAAAUACGACAAAUAAUAAUAAUAAUAUUCAACGUUCGGCUGGCAAACCGCGCGAUAAGAUAAACACCGAAAAUCAUGUUCGAAAACUAACAAUUUUCGCACCUUCAUUUUUGCAGAUUUGCGGCCAGUCUUCGUUUGGAUCGCCGUUGGGUCGGAACAAAUAUUGAGUAACGAAAAAAAAAAUAUAGUUAAAAUAUAGCAGACAAUGGCAGCCACCGAGGGAUCCGCGCGAAUUCAGUUCAAGGCGCUGAAGGGAUUUCCAGCAAUCGGCACUGAUAAGCUGGAGACACAGGCCUUCCUCGCCGCCUCCAAGGAGAUAGUAACCGUCAUAGAGAGCUUCGGCAAACUGUUUACGCCCGUGAUCAGCGACAUGAACGGAAACAUAAACAAAUUAACGAAAGCCUACGGGGCGGAUGUGUUGAAGUACCAAUAUCUGGAGGAUCUGAUCGUGCUGAAUGUGAACGUGGACGAUUUUGCGGCCAACGCGCUGCUCUGGCUAAAGCGCGGCCUCCAGCUGAUUUGCACCUUCUUCGAGAACAUCUACAACGAUGCCCAGGCCAAGGAGGCACUGAAGCAGCACCUGCAGGACGCCUACGAGCGCACCUUGAAGCCCUAUCACGGCUUCAUAGUCCAGAGCACAAUAAAGAUCAUCUACAGCUGGGUGCCCACGCGCAGCCAGCUGCUGGGCCAGGGAGCCGCCCAGGUGGAGAACAUGGAGGUGCUGACCAGCUUCCUGCCCACGAUGCGUGCCCAUUUGGACUCGAUCGAUGCCCUUUUGAGGGCCCACAAUCUGGACGAUGCCCGAAAGGUGUGAUUUAGAUCGCGAUGGAGAACGUUUCCUUAGCUUAGCCUAGCUUAAAUAGCUUAUCCUACUUUAUUAUUUAUGCCAAUGUUGCGAAGUAAACCUCAGAGCCUUACUAAAAA